UCCAGCAGCCCGAUGGCCUUCCCUAAGAAGAAACUCCGGGGUCUUGUUGCUGCCACCAUCACUCCAAUGACAGAGAAUGGAGAAAUCAACUUUCCUGUCAUUGGUCAGUAUGUGGAUUACUUGGUGAAGGAACAGGGGGUGAAGAACAUUUUCGUGAACGGCACCACGGGAGAAGGCCUGUCCCUGAGCAUCUCCGAACGUCGCCAGGUCGCGGAGGAAUGGGUUCGUCAAGGGAGGAACAAGUUGGACCAGGUGGUGAUUCACGUGGGAGCACUAAACUUGAAGGAGUCACAAGAACUGGCCCAACAUGCAGCAGAAAUUGGAGCUGAUGGCAUUGCUGUCAUUGCGCCUUUCUUUUUCAAGUCACAGAACAAAGAUGCCCUGAUAAGUUUCCUGAGGGAGGUGGCUGCCGCAGCCCCUGCUUUGCCGUUUUACUACUAUCACAUCCCCUCACUGACUGGGGUGAAGAUUCGUGCUGAGGAGCUGCUCGACGGGAUUCAGGAUAAGAUCCCCUCCUUUCAAGGACUGAAGUUCAGCGACACUGACCUCUUAGAUUUCGGCCAGUGUGUCGAUCAGAACCACCAGCGACAGUUUGCUCUGCUGUUCGGGGUGGAUGAGCAACUGUUGAGUGCUCUGGUCCUGGGAGCAACUGGAGCAGUAGGCAGUACCUAUAACUACCUGGGAAAAAAGACAAACCAGAUGUUGGAGGCUUUUGAACAGAAGGACUUGGCGUCAGCACUAAGUUACCAGUUCUGCAUCCAGAGAUUUAUCAACUACGUGAUCAAGCUAGGUUUCGGAGUGUCGCAGACCAAAGCCAUCAUGACCCUGGUCUCUGGGAUUCCAAUGGGCCCACCCCGGCUUCCUCUGCAGAAAGCCACCCAGGAGUUUACUGCUAAUGCUGAGGCCAAGCUGAAGAGCCUGAAUUUCCUUUCUUUCCCUGGUUUAAAGGAUGGGGACAUGGAAGCCCGUAGCUAGUGCCUGAUAAAGUCUGAGACUUUAUCUUCAAUAGUUCAUUCUUUUCUCAGGGAUUUUUUAGGUGAAUGUGAACUAAGCUUUCUUUUAGCAAGUAGAACCCCACACUAAUCAAGAAAUAUUUAAGUAUCACAUACGAACCUAAACUUUUUUGUUAUAAAGGAGUCACAAACUUUCAAAAGAAAUAAGGAAUCUAUUGUAAAUGUAUAUGCGCUUUAUCCUUUAAAAUGUCUUCCCAAAGGAAUCCAUAACUGAAGUCAAGAUAUAUUGAAAGCUUUAGUUAUCCAAGAGAGAAGCCUUUAGGAAUUGCUGUUCGACUUGUAGGUAACUUUACAAAUGAAAACUUUUCAAAUAGGAGAAAAUAGAAUUUAUCAUCAGAUAGCUAAAGAUUACCUUCUUUGCCUGAAAACCAGAGUGCUGAUAUUAGCCACCCUUGUGUAUUGUGAGCGUCUUCUCACGGGUGCUCCCCUCUCACAUUCCUCGGACGCUGAAAGGAAAAGAAGCAAUCCUUCUACCUUGACUGGGACGGUUGUAGUGAUGUGAGCAAUGACAGCAAUGCCUUCUUAUUUGACCCCUUUCUAUUUAAACACUACUUGAUACCUCUUUCAUAAGACUACAUGAUGAACAGUAGUCCCUUAUGCCACACACACUCAACAAAAACUGUCAGCGUGUAAUUAGUAGGGCAGCAAGAGAGGGGUGAAACUACAGACAGGAAAUAUAAUUCACUGUGUAAGUAUAAUACGGAGGUUUUUGUAGACUAAAAAUAAAAUGUUUAACCUAAACUUAAAUCUUAGUAUCAAAUUAAUUUUACACGCUAGUGAGAAGUCCUAUUUAAAGUACCUGUGUAUAUUGCUUUGUAUACGCGCAGUAUACACAGAAAUACAUAAGCAGAUUAUUAAUCCUUCUAAACAUGAAAAUUUGAUGUACUGAGUCCUUUUAUAGUGAACUCCAAUGGCCAAUAAAGAUCUAAAGUCACAUUAAUUAGAGUGGAACACAAACUAUGUCCCAUUUUCCUUGCUUUAUGGGUCUGUUGGUUUUUCUUUAUAUUUCAUUUCAAUGUAAUGGACCAAAGUGUCAUCCAACACUAAUAAAGGGAUGCAUAAAUUUUUAUAGUUACAUUUUGUACAAACAAUUGCCACUACUGUUAAUACCUAAAGCCUCACCCCUACCUCUAUCCUGGGGUAGGAUCUAAUUAAAAUUAAUAUAUUCCAUGUGUAAAACAAAAUAAAUACAAAUAAAGGAAUCUCAAGCCCUAAGUCAUUCGUUUCAUAAAAUUAUUGUAGAGAAAUCACUCCUUAUACAGAUGCAAUGGAACCAAGUGAAAAUUGUAAUAAUAAUUACAAUUAUUAAUUAAUUACAUUAAUUAAUAUAAUUCAUAUUACUCUAUUAAAUGCUGUAUUGGUUAUAUUAUUCUGAAUAAAUUUCAUCUGCCUUUUGGGAGCA